GUUACUGUUGCUGUUACAGGAACAACAAUACGGUACUUGUACCAACACCCCUUCUGUUCCACCAUUGCAUCUCGGCAUCGCUGUCGGAGAGGUUUGCCCGGGYGCGGCUUCGAAGCAAAAUGGGAAAGCCGACCAUCUACCAGACCUUUCGGCAAGUCGUCGGCCGAGCCUUUCGAGAAACCGGCCAGGCCCUGGACAGGGCCGGCGUCAAGGGCCACCAGAUGGCCGUUACGACGCGGGUGAUCGGAGACGAUCCCGUGAUCUACCAGGACCACUUGUCCCGGCACCGGCAGCAGAUGCCUCUCCUGAGGAGGGGCAAGCCCGUGGUCUCGCCGGACGUCGCCUUUCUGGCCCCCUGCGCGACCCUCAUCGGAACCGUCCACGUCGGUGCCGGGUCGUCCGUCUUUUACAAAUCGAUUCUCCGGGCCGACAAUUGCGACAACGCGGAAGCCUUUCGGGAGAACCGCGCCGCGAUCGAGGCCGCAUCCGCAUCCGGCCGCAGCCCCCCGGCCCCCGCUGCCGCGAGCGGGGUGGUGCAAGCGGACGACAACGACGACGCCGGCGGGGAGCACCGGGACACGGGGCAGCGCCACCCGGGCGAGUGGGACCUCGAUCCCCAGCGCGCCGCGCGCACGAACUCCACGGCGACGGGCGGCGGCAUAUUCAUCGGCGAGGACACGAACGUCCAGGACGGGUGCAUCAUCGACGCGGCCAGGGACCACACCCGCAUCGGAAACGGCGUGACGAUCGGCCACCUCGCGUCGAUCCACUCCGCCACCGUCCGCGACCACUGCCUCAUCGGGAUGGGAUCCCUGCUGCAGGAGGGCGUGGUGGUGGAAGAGGAGUCCUUUGUCGCCGCCGGGGCGAACGUCCCGAGGGACACGGUGGUGGGACCCGGCGAGCUGUGGGUCGGGAACCCCGCCCGCAAGCUGCGGGACCUGACGCCGGAGGAACGAGAGCGGUUGCACUACCAGGCGGAUGCGGUGCGUGCGGGUUGCGUGUCGCUGCGCAGUUUGUCGUUGCGUUGUGUUGCGUUGUGUAGCGGCGUGGGUUUGCGUGUGAGAGAGAGAGAUCGACCACGAGCCCGCGUUCGGGAAUGAAUGAAUACUGUAUUCGCGUUCUCACAAGUUUUUUGCAUUGGCCUUCUCCUUGUGUUUCUCUUUGCGCGUCUGUGGUUUGAAACGUUUCAGUACGUCGAAGUGGCUUCUGCCCUGAAAGACAAUAUGUUAUUGGGAGGAAACUUGCCCGAUUCGUUGUCACAGUACAUGUAUCACGGUCACGACGGAGAAUACGACGACGACGAAGAGGACUCUGGUUAUGAGGAGGACUACGAAGACUUGGACGACAAAGAGGAAGCAGAGCAACAGCGAGACAAAGUCGAGGAUCGCCAUAGAAAAAGCAUAUAGGAGGGUGAGAAAUCAAGGUCGACGAACAAUGCAAAGAGUUGAUACUCUAUUUG